AUGGAGCCCAUAGCACAACCACUGAGACGGAUACCCUUCCACCUGAGAGAGGCGGUCGACAAGAAGAUAGAGGAGCUGCUAAGAAUGGAUAUUAUCGAGAAGAUGGAGCUCACAGAGCAGUCAAGGGCUAUAACGACGUUCGCCGUGCACAGCGGAACAUACCGCUACAAAAGACUCCUAUUUGGGGUCUCAUCUGUACGUGAGCAGUACCAACACGAAGUGGCGACGGCACUGGCUGGCAUCGAAGGGGUGGCCAACAUAUCAGACGACAUCAUCGUCCACGCGCCUGACCUGUACGCUGUGCAGACGUGGAGGAUUGAGUUUCUGAGUUGGGACCCAGUGGAGUGCGGCACCACUGUCAUCACUGUGCCCCGAACAACGUUGUGGAGGCCAGAUGUGGUGAUCAAUGAAUUUGUGGAUGAGAACAAGGCCCCUGCUACAUAUUACGUCCGAGUGAACUACACAGGCUACGUGACGGAUGAAUUGCCAGUAGGAGUAAAGAGCUCCUGCAAUUUGAACACCUACACCUUCCCCUUUGACGUACAGAGGUGCACAUACUCUUUCAACAGCUACAUGUUCAAUGCUGACUCUGUGCGGUUGUACUUUGGGAAGCCUGUGGAGGAGGUACUGAAGCGCUCCAAGGAGCUGAUGGAGACCUUGGGAGAGUGGGAGCUGCUGAACAUCACAUCUUCCAAAGGAGAUUUAAUCUUCGAGUUCGGCGCCUGGGAUAAACUCACCUACCAUAUUACCCUGAGACGGCGAGCCACCCUCUACGUGGUGAACCUGAUCAUCCCCAGCUGUUUACUCAUCACACUGGACCUGUUCAGUUUCAUCCUGCCCCCACAGAGUGUGGACCGAUCCGCCUUCAAGAUGACCCUCAUUCUGGGCUACACCGUCUUCCUGCUCCUCAUGAACGAGCUGCUGCCCGUCACUGGAAACACCAUUCCACUCCUGAAUGUGUUUUUCUCCAUCUGUCUGGCUCUCAUGGUGGCUAGUCUACUGGAGACUAUUGUCAUCACCAACAUGCUGCACAACUCCAGGGAUUUACCCCCAGUGCCACGCUGGCUUAGGGUCCUCGUCCUAGAGGUGAUGGCACGCCUCGUCUGCCUAUACCGGAAGAAAAAGGAUGAUGGAGUCAUCAUUUUCCAAAAUCAAGCCAGUGUUGUGGAGACUAAAGCUGGUGCUGAUGCAGUGGACCAGUCCCCUGCUAAAGACACGGCCAGUGAGACGGUGGUGGAGCUGAGGGAGCUGAGGCGACACGUCCAGGCCAUCCAUCGGCACGUGUCCAAGGGCUCUCAGCCGGACCACAAGACAGAGGAGUGGAUCCACAUUGGCCACGUCGUCGACCGUUUCCUGUUCAUCUCCUACGCCAUCUUCAUCACUGUCAGCUUCAUCACCAUCAUCGUCAUAUGGAUCCACUGGGACAAUGUUUAGUUGCCAGAGCUCACUCAGUGUGUGCUCAAAACCAUUUGUUUGCCAGAGCUCACUCAGUGUGUGCUCAAAACCAUUUGUUUGCCAGAGCUCACUCAGUGCGUGCUCAAAACCAUUUGUUUGCCAGAGCUCACUCAGUGUGUGCUCAAAACCAUUUGUUUGCCAGAGCUCACUCUCAUGUUUCUCUCUCAGGUUGCAUUUCUUUUUCACAGGUAUCACUGGAAAGAGCUGUUUUGAGUCUUUAACUUGGGCAGAGUCUUUUAUUCUCUCUAGUACUUUAGAGAAACUAUGCCAGUCUCUUUACAAACUGUUUGUUGUUUACCAGAUAAAAUAGUUUGAUGAUUUUUUCCCUCAUAUUCGGUCACAUCAUUUGAUUUUAUUUUUAUUACUUAAAACAUUCAGGGCCAGAUGUACUAACGCUUUUGUGCCCACUUCAUGCAUAUUUGUUUCGCAACGUGCGUGAAAAAACAUAGCGAGGUAUGUACAGACAGGGUAAAAGCGCAGACUGCCUGUCACGGGAGCUGAAAAUGCCAAAUUGCAUAUUUCUGUGUUAUGCAUAUGCAUUCAUGGGAGGGUCCAGGGGAAAGUGGGAGUUUAGCGUAAAAAGAUGGGAGGGGAAGCGUAAGGAGCAACUAGUUAUGUAUUCAGUGGUAUGUACAAAAACUGCACGUCUAUUCUGUGCCUAAAUAUUUCCGCCUUGUAAAAGCAGGUGUUAAAUGCGGUUUGCGGUUAAAUGCGUCAAUAAGAGAACCUUUCAAAGACAACAGAAUCACUGUUUAGAGCACCAGUUUUGCGUCUUUGU